AUUUUCAAUCGACGCCUUGAUCUAACAUUGAAGAAUAUGCUCUAAAUCGUUUAAGAAAAAAGUUAAGGAAAUAUCUGCCAGUUUAAAAAUUAGCAUUACAAUAUCUUUCGGCUUAUAGCUUUUAUUAAGGUUGCAGAAUGAUGCGUUUUUAGGUAAAACGCUAUUUCAAUUAUUAACGGAUGAGCAUGUCCGUAAAUAGGCCCCAUAAUAACUGUGAUCUUAAAAAUGGCUCCAACUGGUGUAAUCAACAAUCAAAUAUUAAUAUAAAAGAACGUUCUGAUUACACAGAAAGUGAUGCGACCCAUCCAAUUCUACGCCUCGAUUACCGCGUACAAGGUCAGCUGGUUCAAUGUUUGACAUGUUGUGAGAAAUUUGCGUACACCACUUUUAGCGACGUUUGUUCACAUUACACGUUUUACCAUAGUCGGAAUCAAGGCGGUUGUGCCAAGUGUUUAUACUGCUUACGCGACGUCCACUAUUAUAUAUGUGCGGAGAAAGUGCACCCAGAAGCUUAUCACUAUUGUUCGCCCCGGAAGCAAAAUUAAAUCAAAUAAGUCGCUAGUAUGGCGAAUACAAUCGGUGAGCAGGAAAACUUAUUAGACUUUGAUCAAAAUUUUGAAGAAUCGGAUGAGUCUGAAUAUUCGGAGCACGAUGAAGUCCACAGCACAAGUACAACAGUGGGUCAUGCAGGCGUUGUAGAUUUAAAUGUUACUGGCGCCGUCAAUGCCAGCAUCAAUGUUCCUUCAGACUCCUUGCUUUCUUUGGCAAUCAAAUGUAAAACACACAAAGACAAUCCGGAACAGCCUCCGAAGGAAACUCAAAUAAAGGUUGCGAACAAUAAUGGCUCUGGACAUCCGAACUACGGAUUUGGAAAGCGGUGGUCAAAAUCGGAAGAUGUUUUGCUCAAAGCAUUAGUUGAGCAACAUGGCGAACGUUGGGAGAUUAUUGGCCCGCACUUUAAAGACCGACUUGAGCAGCAGGUGCAGCAGCGUUGGGCCAAGGUCUUGAAUCCAGAACUCAUUAAAGGGCCAUGGACACGAGAUGAAGACGAAAAGGUUAUUGAGCUCGUGCGCAGUUUUGGACCCAAAAAAUGGACUUUGAUUGCUCGAUAUCUAAAUGGACGAAUUGGCAAGCAAUGCCGGGAACGAUGGCACAAUCAUCUUAAUCCGAAUAUAAAGAAAACUGCUUGGACCGAAGAGGAAGAUACUAUUAUUUAUCAAGCUCACAUUCAACUAGGAAACCAAUGGGCCAAAAUUGCUAAACUUCUGCCUGGACGCACUGAUAAUGCAAUAAAAAAUCACUGGAAUUCGACAAUGCGCCGUAAAUAUGAUGCCGAGCGUAGAUCUGUUAAUCCUACUGGAAAUGAUUUGAAAAGCUCUCGAACACAUCUAAUUACAUUAAUUAAAGCUGGUGGUAUUGGUAAAGUGCAAUCUCAAUUGCAAAAUAACAGACUUUCUGCACCAAAAAUGGAACAAAUAUCUCAAUCUAGAGAUAAUGGAAUCCUGUGUACCAGAAAUACAACAGCUGAGCACAGCGAGACGGUGGAUUCUGCUGGAACUGAGCCGCUUAUUCGCUACUCAACUAUUAAUAUGCAUCAUCCGGUUGGUAAAUGUCUAACAAUUCCACUUCAGCGGCAAACACCAAACAUCUUGAAACGAUCCCGCAAACACAUUCCCGAAUGUCCAUUGAUUAAUUUUUCCUUUGAUGAAGCCAAGCCUAGACAGCCGGAUUCACCCGUUAUAACUCCCAUAAAAUCAUUACCGUUCUCCCCCAGCCGAUUUCUCAAAUCUCCAUGUUUAACCACAUUUGAAGACAUGAAUUUGCGCGCAAGCACGCCAGUCAUGAAGAUAUAUAAUGUCUUGGGAAUAGAGGUCAAGAAAGAAUUUGAAACUGCAUCUAUUGAAACGCCCCAUAAGAGUAAAAUAGGCCCACGAACACCCACACCGUUUAAGAAUGCCCUUGCUGAAAUUGGCAAGAAACGUGAUGGUCGACGGUACGAGCCGUCCAGCCCGUCUAGCCUUGCCGAAGACCUGGCAGAAAUAAUUCAUGAAGAACAACUCAACGAUUCAGAAGUCGUAAAAGCUGUGCAAACCAACAAAGGGAUUGGAUGUACCAAUAUCAGAAAAAAUGUACGAAAUAGUUCGCCUAGUAUUGAAAAUGAAAAAUUAAGGUCAGCACAGUCACCACCUCCAAAACGUGCAAGGAAAUCUUUACUUUCCACGUGGACCGCCAACCAUCUGCCAAAUGGUGGAUUUACGAAAAAGAUCCAACCGUUUGAAACUGAGACGCCUAGCAAGUUCCUUACAUCUCCAAGUAGCAUCAUGAAGGAUACUCUUUGCAGUGAACACGAUCUUCUUUUCGAUGAAGGCAGGAAGGAAAAUAGACCAUACUUCUGUCGUAGUAAAUAUAAGACCUCUGGUCUGCCAUCGUAUGAUCACGUCAUAGAUCCAAAAUGGGCUCGAGUAGCGUGUGGCAAAACCAAAGAUCAACUAUUUAUGGAGGAGCAAGCGUACGCAUGUCUUAAAAAUCUUUCAUGUGUACCACGCUCACUUAACUUUGAAAAACAAAAGUGACUCGUAAAUAUAAUGAAUCAGUUCUGUUUAAUCAAGUUAAAAAAAAUUGUUUGAUGUAAACAGGUUAUACAUUUUACAUAGUUGAAAUAUUUAUGUAAGUGCGCCUGUAUUUUAAAAUUCUUUCUAUUGAUAGCAAAGAAUUUUUUCUAUUUUUUUUU